AUUACCGGACAGUCCAGCUUAACCGGCUUGUGGUGCAGUGCAGGACGCUGCGUACUGACGUAGCUGUAACUUGUCAGGAGACGAGUACUGACUGACCGACUGACUGUAUAAAUGAAACCCGGAAAUAUAAACGCGCCUCUGGGCAAUUGUCUUUGAGAGAGAGGAGAAAAAAAGUCAGGAAGCGGGAGGCGUCUUCUCUACUUGCGGUGUAGCCAUCUCUUCAAAUUUCCACGCCUUUUCUUAACUUGUGACGCUUUGGGAAGCAGUAGAAAUUGAAGUAUCACGGCCGUACCCACACUUGUUCGAUUUUUGUGACCAAAACAUCUAAACAUGGCCUCUGGAAUUGGUGUUGAUGAGGAAGUGAUUCGUGUCUAUGAGGACAUGAAGAUGAGGAAGGGAGAUGUCAAGAGCAGGAAGAAGAUGGUUUGUUUCUGCUUGAAUGAGAACAUGACAAAAAUAAUCGUGGAGAAAGAUGUGGAAAUUUUGAAUGAAGAUGUAGGAAGUAAAUUUAAGGAUCCAUAUACAGAGUGUGUGAAUUUGUUGCCCAAAGAUGACUGUCGAUAUCUAUUGUUGGAUGUUUCCUACUGCACUAAAGAAAGCAGUAAGGAGGACCUGGUGUUUAUGUUCUGGGCACCAGAAAAUGCCCCGGUCAAAAAAAAAAUGAUGUAUGCUAGUUCAAAGGAUGCUGUCAAGAAGAAAUUAUCAGGAAUUAGAUGUGAAUUGCAGGUGAGCUCGAGGGAUGAUGUGUUGGACCGUAGUUUUCUUGCAAGCAAACUUAAAGGUGAUAUUACAUCAAUAGAAGGGGUCGGGAUCCACUGAUAUGCAGGUUGCCAUCUGACUGGAAGCUUCCCAGUUUUAAUGUGCUGCAUAGUACUUGUGGAUUCUGAUUUAACCUGCACCCAGAUGCUGUGGAUUUCAUUUUUAUUUUUGACAUUCCUUAUUGCAUUUGUUUUACAACUCUUAAUUGCCGAUGGAAUUUGGGACUUAUCCAAUUAAACCUUCUUUAAGUUAGUCGCUUUGGUAUACGUAAUGACCUUUUGCAUCUGUAAUGUCCACCCUAAUUUGCCAUAGUAAUCUGAAUGCUUGCCCAGUCAGGGUACAUUUUUAAUCUGGCUUUUAAAGGCAAGCUUUCAAUCAUCCAAUUUUGUAAAAUCUUAACUCAAACCCCUUCAGAUUCUUAACGGCAGUUCCUGACCAACUGCAAGCAGCAAUUUGACUCUGUACAUUCAAUAUUCCAUUCCACUAAACUUGGCUUACUUUGGAAUACUUGUAUUUAAUGUUUAAAAUAUUUUGAACAUAGGUUUGUACAUUUUUGGAAUUGACCCCCUUUUUUGACUAAUUCAGGUUUAAAUUAAGUGCUGCCAAUUGGUAUUCAGGCCUGUUUUGUUCUUCAUCUUAUUGUGAAGUUGUGAAUGCAGUUUUUCUGGAAGCAUCAGUGACAUUUGUCUUAAUAAAGAAAUUAU